GGGGAACGCUGCUCAUACACUACAUUACCCAGAAGUCUAAUCGUCUAACAUUCAGAGGAAGGAGACCGGGAGCAUGGCAGCCAGGAUACUAACGAAAGCGAUCCACAGUCUCCGAAGUCCUGGUGUGGUUGGAGGUGCGCUCUCCUGCAAUGGCCACACGUUCUCUAGUGCCGCUGCGGCUGCCAGACCUCCGGCCCCCAGCGAGGACGCAGCUGUGAAUGAAAAGAUCCUGAACGUUCCUCUGACCCAGCCUGACUACUUCCACCUGUCCGAGCUGUUCACCGUAAAGGACCUGUUUGAGGCCCGAGUGCACCUUGGACAUAAGAAAGGCUGCAGACACAGGCUGAUGGAGCCGUAUCUGUUCGGCAGCCGCCUGGAUGUCGACAUUAUUGACCUGGAGCAGACUGCGGACCACCUGCAGAGGGCGCUGAACUUCACGGCACACGUGGCGUACCGUGGCGGAAUCGUGAUGUUCGUGAGCCGCAGACGUCAGUUCGCUCACCUGGUGGAGAGGACGGCGCAGGAGUGCGGAGAGUACGCGCACACGCGCUACUGGCAGGGUGGGCUGCUCACUAACGCCCCCGUGCAGUACGGGCCGGGAGUGCGUCUGCCCGACCUCAUCGUCUUCCUCUCCACGCUCAACAACGUCUUCCAGACGCACGUGGGCAUCAGAGACGCCGCCAAAAUGAACAUCCCCACCGUCGGGAUCAUGGACUCCAACUGCAACCCGAGCUUGGUUACGUACCCGGUGCCUGGCAACGAUGACACGCCUGUCGCCAUGGAACUGUACUGUCGGCUGUUCAAGAUGACCAUCAACAGAGCGAAGGACAAGAGGAAACAGAUGGAGCUGCUCAAGGGGAUAUGAGAGUGAUUGAUAGCAGGGUGGACAGAGGGAGGAGGGGGGAGCAGAGGGGCAGGGAGGUCAUCAUUUAGGCCAGAGGUUCUCAAUCACAGUCUUUUGCUGUUAACCUGAUGGUCCAAAAGUCAGCAGUGGUCACCAACCCUCGUUCGGAGGUUUCACCUCCAACCCAAAUCUCCUGUCAGCUAAUUAAGGACUUCUUAAAGGGGAAUUCCACCAGUUUCUCAAAAUUUUGCAUAAUUCAGCUGUUGUGAUUUGACCUAGAGACAGUUUACAGUGGUGAUGAUGCGAUAUAUAUAUAAAACACAAAUAUUGCAAUUUUAUUUACUAUCCGAAAAAACAACCGGUGAACCUACACGUGUCUUCUGAGUUUUCACAUGGAAUGUUGAUGCUAAAAUAGUGGGAAAAGCCCAGGGGGACCCUGCAUGUACCCCUGCACCACGUAUGGAUUUAAAAAAAAAGAAAUACAUAUUUUAGGCCAAAACCUUCUCAAAACUACUGUAAAUCAAUGUCUCAGACAUCAGGCAGCAUUGGGUUCCCAUCAUCACUACUAUGAACAGUUUUGACUCUCUAGAAAGGAGCAUUUCACAUCAGAUGGAAAAAUGUACACAGGAUGAAAACAUAUCUGGUUUAGAACAGUGUUGUUUACUGUCCCCCAUAAAGAUAAACAGGUCAGAACCGGAUUUACAGCAUGACGACAGGACUUCAGUGGUCUAUUAGUGAUGCAGCCUGCAAUAUCUAUGUUUUCUUUAUCAUGAUAAGCGUUCCCUAUGUGAAGUAUGCUAAAUUAAAGAUGGGUUCAUGUUCAUAUUUA